UUGCCGAAAUUUUUUCCGUCCUCGCCGGGAGCCUGUUCGCAGGCUACAAAUAUUCUCGAGACAGACUGGAUUAGGAUUGCGUUACACUACGUGGAACGCAAUGAUAACUCAGACCGCAUUUACACCUAUGCCGGUAACACCCACAAGUGAUCUGACAGCCCUUAUCUAAUUUUAACCAAUAAGAAACUUUGAUCUAUCCUGCACAAACAGAAAAACAAACAGAAAUUUACUUUAGAUACGAUAUCAGACACAGUAAGUCACGUCACCGGACGCAACUUCAAGCGUCUUCUGAAGCUGAAAGCGGGAGAUAACGAACAUUUCGGGCUACAAUAGAUCUACAGAUCACAUACGUAUAAUGUUUAAUCAAACGCCAUCAGGACGGUCAAUGCAAGCAAAGUCCUUUUACGAAAAGCUAGAGGUAACAGGAGAACAAGGCGAUGCAAGAGACAAACAGUUUGUGUUUCCAAGACAGUUUUUGGUUCUGGGCGACUCUGAAGUUGGUAAAACAAGUCUUGUUAAUUCGCUCACUGGAAAUCCAUUUGAUCCCGAGCAACCCAAAACGCAAGGAAUUGAUCAAAGUCUUGUGGACAAGGAGUGGAAGAGCUGUAAUUUAACGGAACUUGUCUUUGGAGACUUGUGGAGGUUCCUCAAAACGGGCGACGUCGAAGUGUCUUUGAAAGGAACAGGGGGAAGAAGUGUUGUUGUUCAACAGUUCGAAGUGAUCACGGGUCUUGUGCGGUGGAUUAUAUACUUUUACGCAUCAACGAUUGCAGCCCUGUUUGCCAUAGGAACACUAUACACGCGUAAUUUAUCCGUAGCGUUUCUAUUAUUUUAUUUCAUUUACUAUGGUCACCUGAUUUUUCAAUGCUGCACUAUUCAAGCCUACGGUAAUUUAAGAUUUAUCUUGGCUACCUUCGUUUUCAUCUUGAGCCGUCGCGGAUUAAUAGUAGGCUUAUAUCUAGGUCUACGGUCACAUAUGUACGAGAGUGUUGAAGAGUAUGCUAGUACUCGCACUCUGAUUUUAUUAGGCACAGUCGCUGGAAUUGCGUUCGUCGCUGUGUUCCUCUUCAUAGGACCACUGCAGCUACCUUUUGGUAUAGGUCGACUGGUCAAGAAUCAAAAGUUUAUUUUGAUUCUCUGUUAUUGCCGGUUACUACUAUCAAUCUUUAUUGGGUCAAUGUUUGGAUUUGUUGUAGGACUAUCGUUUAAGAGGCUUCAUCUAACUUGCAAAUCCUUCAGUGAAACGCUCCCAACUUGCAAAGAAUAUACUGGGCAACUAAUUUACAAUUUAUUGAGUUCUUUUCUGUGGGAGUUCCCAAUUGCAUUUUUGGAAACAAGACGUUUACGUACUAUAAUUUUCUCCAUCAAAGAAAAGACAUCAUGGGUGACCUUUAUCACACUACUCAUUGUUGUAUUAUUUUGUCUUUACAAAUUAGCAUGGGAUUCGCCAGAAUUCUAUUUUCAAAUAUCAUUUCCUUUGUAUAUCUUUUUUACCAUCCAUCAGGAAUGGUUUUGUACUUAUUCACAAAGUCGUGACGAAGAACACAUGUAUCCUCCUAACAGCUUCAUGACAUUCGAACUAAUGGGAUAUGGAGAAAUCAAUACAAAGCUGUUAAAAAGAGCCCUUAAAGAAACAUUUCCCUCUCUAAAACUGAAAAUCUUUGAUUUUGCUGGAGACAAAGAAUACUACGCCUUUCAUCAUAUCUUCCUCAAGAGCCAUGCACUUUAUGUUAUUGUAUUCAAUAUAGCUAAGCUGGUCGAAGAUAACUUCAGGAGUGUAAAUACAGAUAUCAAAAGACUUCAGUUCUGGUUGGAAUCUGUUUGUAGCCAUAUACUACCGAAAACACCAAUUUUCCUUGUUGGAACACACAGAGGAGACUUGGACAAAAUCUGUAUGCAAAUCUUAAAUGACCAUUUAAGGAAACAUCUUUGGGACCGCUACUGCGAUGAGUUGGUUGUCAAUGAUGUUGAUGAGUUGAUAUUUUUUCCCGUUGAAAACUCCAAAGGAGAAAAUGAUGUUGGAGUCCAAAGCCUUCGAAUAAAAGUCAUGUCUGUUGCCAAAGAAAGAGAGGCAGCUAGCGAUUGUGACAUACCUUUAUCAUGGAUUGCAAUCAAAGAUCUAAUUAUCAAUCAAAGGGAAAAGCAGAACGCCAAGUUCUGUGUGACACUCGAAGAGUUUCCUUACGCAUUUGACAACUUCAUUUGCACUGACUGGUCUGAAGAAACCUUGAAGUACUUCCAUGAAAAAGGCCUGGUAAUAUACCUUGACAAAGAUCCAGAGUUGUCUGAAUGGGUCCUUCUAAAGCCUGAAAUACUGGUUAAUAUCAUCAUCCAGCUUGUAACGCAACCACCACAAAUGAAAGAGGAAAGAGGCUUCAGACGUGACUGGAAAACCACAGACAAGAAGUUCUAUGUGUUCUUCAAGAGGUUCCUUCCAGAGCCCCUGUUUCAUCGCUUGCUAUCUCGUGCCCACAAGAACAGCAAGCUGGAGUUUCCAAAUGGUCCAGUUGUUAUGUUCAAAGAUGUUGGCAAGUUCUGGAUGAGUCCCAGGCAGCCCUACAGACUGAAACUGAUGAAAGAAGAGGCGAUCAUUGAAGUGACAUUCAGCUCCAGCAACAUACAAGGAGUGAAGCCAGCAGAUGUAUUGUGUCAAGUGUUUUCCAUGGUUGAUGGAAUUUGUAAAAGGGAUUUCUCCUUUGUCAAGUUCCACUGUGGACCAGCCUGCCCUUCACAUGAGUGUCCUGGUUACCAAGACAACUACAUGCACACACCACAUCAACACACCAGACGUCAUGUGUAUAAUGUCAUGCCUGGACGCCAGGGAGAUAACAUUGCCUCCCUGUACUGUGUAAACAACAGUUUUGAAGAGGAGUUGGAAGAAUGGAUACCAUAGAUUAAUUAGACAGGUGAAGGAUUAGCAUUGCUUGAUUUCAGACAAAACCAAUCCUACCACUCUUGUGUAAAUAUGAUCACUCAUGUCACUCAUUAGCUCACGUAUAAAUUGUCACUCGAUGUGAAUGUUUAAAAACUGGCUUCAGGAAGGAAUGUGGCUAAAAUAUAUCGCAAAGGUUUCUUAAAUACUAAAUGAGAAAAACCUAUAAAUAAAAUAAAUUUAAAUGGCAGUUGAAAAGUUUUACAUAAUAGGCCCAUGCAUGGCAUCUGAGGAAAAACACUUGACUUGCAACACUUUUUCUUAGUGAGACAGACCCUACUUUACUCUUUAUAUUUCUGCUGGUAACUAAGCAAAUGAAUUUGCAUCUACAGCCAUAUACAGUUCAUGUCUGGAUACACGUACAUUGGCAAUUACUUGAGAGAAGGAACCAUUUUGCGAAGACAAGAUUUAGACAUAAAGAGGAAGGUACACCAAGAGAUGUACAUCAGUUGCCAGGUUAUCACACUUACUGAAACCAAAAUGCCAAUAAUAUCUCAGAUAUUCCCUUAAGAAUGGUCUCAGUGAAGAAAAUAACACAAAAUGCUAAGAUUUACAUGUAUUUAUUUGAAGUCACGUGUUUAGAAAUUCAGAUUUUUUAUCUCUAUAUUAAACAUAAUUUGCCAAAUGACAUGAAUACAUGUACCUUAAUAAUGGCGACCUUAGUAUAGUAAAAGUUACUUUUUGUAGGAGGUCCCUUGAAACUUCAUGUAGAUUCAACUUGGCAUUCAAGGUUAAAUGUACUUCAACUUUAACUCAGACAUUCUCAAAUUGCAGUUUUUUCUGGCCUAUGAAACUGACCAAAAUAUAAUAUUGUGUGGAGAUGCAGUUACAUGUACAUGCUAAGUACAUUUAUAAUAUUGGGCGAAGGAUUAAGCAGGCAGGAGGGCAACUGCUUUUCACAGGUGGGCAAGACUUUUUAAAAAAAUGGAAAAACUUUUCAUUACAUGGUCAAACCAGGCAGGCAAAAUUGUACUCGCAGCUGGUCAAUUUUCCCCAUGCCUGAGGUUCAGUUUCAAGUCUUUUGAAUCAGGGCCACUUUGACCAUCCUAAAACAAGUUAUGUAGUCUGCAAUACAUGCCCAAGUUUAUUGUGUCAAAAAAAAAGUACAACAUGUAGGUUUGAUCUGGAAGGAAAAAGCAAGAGCCCUAGGUGUAAACCUUUCUUUUAACCAAAAUUAGGAUUACACUGCUCUUUUGAGAAUCUUAAUUUUUGUUAAGAAUUAUUAUUGUAGAUUCAUUGACAGUCAUUUAACAUUGCUGUUUGUUUUGGUGCACUGUAACUUGUGUUUCCACUCCUAAACAUCUCACUGACUGAUGACAUUCAGUAUCUCGUGACACCUGAGAGGCUUAUGUUACUAUGUUACAGUGUAUACACUGUUAACUGUACAGAGUAUAUACAAGAGUGUUUAAACAAUAUUAUAGAAAUCAAUCAUAAGUAUUAUAGUUUCAGUAGGAAAGCUGUAAUACAAUUAUUUAGCUUUAAAAACAGUUAAAUUUCAAUUGAGAGCAAAUGGUCACAGUUGUAUUAUGGUUUACUUUCAGCAACUGAGAUAACUUCUGUUGUGGUAAACCAUUAAUGAAGCUGUUAGAUAAAAACAAGAUUCAUCCUUUAAUCUGUCCUCAUUGUGACAUGGGAUGCAAACGAUGUAAGCUAGGUCUCAGAUGAAAACUAGCCAGAUUAAACUAAAUUCAAUUUUUGAACAAGCAAUUUUUGUAAAAAAAAAAAUUUAUAUUACUGUUCAUACAUUCCCAACCAUGAUUUGGAGCUUUAAAAGCACAGUCAAUCCUUGCUUGCAACUUAAUGUGAAGUCAAAUGACAGUUAAUGAAGGACUAAAAAAUCUCACGUUGUAGUAAAAGCCGAGAGCUAUCUAUUAAAGGUAACACAUUUUGCUGUCUGACUAAAAUGAUAACCUAGAGAGGUUACUGAUAUAAUUAGAUCUCCCUCACUUGUACCACAGUGGGCUAUAGGUUUCCAUUCUUAGCUUAGAGGCAGCUUACAGAUGUACUGCUACAGCUAAAUGCUCUAAACAUUUCUUAACCCUUUAAGCCCUAGAGUCAAAAUACAAAUUCUCUUCACUGGUAUACAUACAUUUUCUUAUGGCACUAACUACAAGAAUUUGUUGAAGAUCGUAGAAAUUUCUAUUUGGCGAUGAUGUCCUUGAUUCUCACUACCUUGUCUCUUGAUUUAUGUGUUGAUACUGUCAGGAAAAAUUUGAUGCCGGUAACUCUUAGGGCUUAAAUAUGAUUUCUAGUCUGUAUUUCUAGUCUGCACAUUUUCGGGAGUUUGUUUACAUUGAUUUGGUUUGAUUCAUGUAAGACAUCACAAAAUGUAACAUUUCACAACUACUUACAUGAGGUAAUUUCAAGGUUUUAUUUCAACCGUCAUUAUGGAUGCAAAGCUUUAUCCUUCAUUCUUUCUGGUAUCACUUGAUGAAACAAUUUCGUAGCUGUAAAUAAAGUGCCUUAAAGAUAAGGUAUGUGGUUCGUAACAAAUAACAUUGAUUUGCAUUUCAGCAAGUGAGACUCACAAACAUUGGGGUGCUGAGACUGCACAGUAUAAACUGGAAAUCACCUUUAAGCAGUUUUUUCCGAGUGUGCAAUAGAAUUAGUGCUUUAUGUAAUAAAAUGAGUAUGUGCAUUU